GUCGCGCCGGCUCCUCUGUGCGCUAGUCGCAGCUGAGGAGCAAUGGUGCUCGGAGCGUCCGGAGGCGCGUCGCUGUUUUUGGGACUCUCGGAGGAACACAUGAAAUGCCGGGGAAUAUGAGCAAAGAGGAUGCCCCGAGUCGGAGCGCUUCUUUGACGUUCACCAUUGACAACAUCCUCAACCUGAAGCAGCGGGACCACGGAGACUGGGACGGUCCAAAGGAGCAGAGGGACGGCGGGUGUAAAGAGGAUUUUCAAGAACGGUGUGGCGAGGUGUGGGACAUCCGGAGGAGGGAUGACAGCGGAUCAGACGAGACAGCACAAACGAAGCCCACAGUCCACCGUGUGGACCGCGGGGAAGACACGCCGCCGCUGACCGCUGGCUGCAGUCCCGGGGCGCAAAGUGCGCACACGGCCGAGGACGCGUCCGAGCAGCAGGUCACCGCGGACACUAAAGCCAUAGUCAAGAAGAAAACGCGCACAAUCUUCUCCAAGAGACAGAUAUUUCAGCUGGAGGCGACCUUUGACAUGAAGAGGUACCUGAGCAGCUCGGAGAGAGCGUGUCUCGCCAGCUCCCUGCAGCUCACCGAGACGCAGGUCAAAAUCUGGUUUCAGAACCGCCGCAACAAGUUGAAGAGACAGUUGUCUACGGACAUGGAAGGACCGCUGGCCGUCGAGCACCUUUCGGAGGCAGGAAAAAACGUGCAAUUACCGACUUUUUACAAAGACAGCAGCCUACUGGGCGGAUGUUUGUUGCCCAUGCCUUUUCCUGUGGUGUACCCGACCGCCAACGCUGCGCCCUACAUCUACUUCUCCAACACUGGCAAAUAUUUUGGCCUGUUUGAAGCAGACUGAAGAUUUUUCUGUCUGGAAUGAGAGUGUGGGGACAGUCAGACACACAGUCAGUCCUGGUCUGGCUUUUGUCACUUUUUUUUUUAUUUCCAGUUUUAAUUUUUAAAUUUUUAUUUUUAUUUUUUUGGACUUCGUAAAAAUUCUCCCAACUUUGAUGUCAAGACAUGCAUGUGACACUUUUUGUCCUUCUCUCAGUUGUUUUAUAUUAUUACCAUUAUUAUUGU